AUGCUGGCGGCGGCCGCGGCACCGGCCCAGACGAUCCCCGCAACGCUAAGGUUUGCGCGGCCAUCUUGGAUAAUCGUCAUUGUAAGGACAGUGCAGAAUAUUGGGGCACGGUGGCGGAUCUUGGCGCCCGUGAGCUUGAUAUACGGCCUGUGGCAGCGCGUGGCGCCCGAUCUGGAAGCCCAGGGCAUCGGGCCGGGGCAAAAUCGGUGGAGGGAGCCGCAGUGGCCCGACAGAGACGUCCGGGUGCUCCGUGCUGCCCGGCUGGGCUCGGCCCAGAGCCCAUCGGCAUCCGCCAGGCGGGCUCUCGACGUCCAGAGGGCGCGGGUCAGCACGGCGGAGCGUGCCCUCGGCGCAGAGCACCGCUACACCCUCGACGCCCUCGGCGACUUGGCGUCGACGCUCUCCCUCCUGGGCCGGCAGGGCGAGGAGGAAGCCUUGGCGCGCCGGCGACUCGAGGCCUCUGAGCGCACGCUCGGCGCGGAGCACCCCUGCACCCUGGUGGCGCUCGGCAGCCUGGCGAAGACACUCUGCAGGACGGGCCGGCAGGACGAGGCGGAGCCUCUGAUGCGCCGACGGCUCGAGGCCUCCGAGCGCGCGCUGGGCAGGGAGCACCCGAGCACCCUGGCGGCACUCGGCAACCUGGCGAGAGUGCUCUCCGAGAUGGGCCGCCCUGCCGAAGCGGAGCUCCUCGAGCGCCGGCGGCUCGAGGCCUCCGAUCGCACGCUCGGCUCGGAGCACCCGAGCACCCUAGCGGCCCUCGGCAACCUGGCUGCGACGCUCUGCAGGAUGGGCCGGCAUGCGGAGGCGGAACCCUUGAUGCACCAGCGAUUCGAGGCGUCCGAGCGCGAGCUCGGCGCGGAGCACCCGAGCACCCUGGUGGCGCUUGGCAACCUGGCGACGACGCUCUCUGGGAUGGGCCGUCAGGACGAGGCCGAGCCCCUGAUGCGUCGGCGGUUCGCGGCCUCCGAGCGCGUGCUCGGCGCGGAGCACCCGAGCACCCUGGCGGCGCUCGGUGUUUUGGCAACGACUCUGUGCAAGUUGGGCCGCCCUGCCGAAGCGGAGCUCCUCGAGCGCCGGCGGCUCGAGGUCUCCGAGCGCGCGCUCGGCCCGGAGCACCCGCGCACUCUGGCUGCGCUCGGCAGCCUUGCGGCGGCACUCCGCGAGCUGGGCAGGUCAGCAGAGGCGGAGCCGCUGAUGCGUCGGCGGCUCGAGGCCGCCGAGCGCACACUCGGCGCCGAGCACCCGAGCGCCCUGCGGGCGCUCAGCAACCUGGCGGCGACGCUUUCCAAGCUGGGCCGGCAGGCAGAGGCGGAGCCUCUGAUGCGCAGGCAGCUCGAGGUCUCCGAGCGCGCGCUCGGCCCGGAGCACCCGAUCACCCUGGUGGCGCUCGGCAACCUUGCGGCGGCGCUCCGCGAGCUGGAUCGGCCCGCGGAGGCGGAGCCUCUGCUGCGCCAGGAACUCGAGGCCUCCGAGCGCGUGCUCGGCUCGGAGCACCCGAGCACCCUGCGAGCGCUCAGGGGCCUGGCUGCGACACUCUCCGCGCUCGGCCGGCGGGCAGAGGCGGAGCCGCUCAUGCGCUGGGCGCUCGAAGAUUCCGAGCGCGCGCUCGGCGCCGGGCACGCCGCCACCCUGGCCGCGCUCGGGGGUCUGGCGGAGACGCUCUGCGAGCUUGGCAGGCACUGCGAGGCGGAGCCCCUGAUGCGGCGAGCGGCCCGGGCCUUCGAGCGCACGCGCGGGGCAGAGCACCCCGACACUCUGCGGGCCCUUGGCAGCCUCGCGGCGACGCUCCGCCGGCUUGGCCGGCACGCGGAGGCGGAGCCCCUGCAGCGCCGCGUGGUCCAGGCUUCUGAGCGCACGUUCGGCGCGGAGCACCCUGACACCCUGCGCGGGAUCGGCGACCUGGCGGUGACGCUUCGCGAGCUGGGCCGGCUAGCGGAGGCGGAGCCGCUGAUACGGUGGGAGCUCGAGGCCUCCGAGCGCAGGCUUGGCGCGGAGCACCCCGUCACCCUGCGGCGGCUCGCGAACCUGAAGAUAGCGCUCUCUGAGCUGGGCUGGGGGCCGGAGGCUGAGCCCCUGCAGCGACGGCAGCUCGAGGCUUCCGAGCGCGCGCUCGGCGCGGAGCACUCGAGCACCCUGGUGGCGCUCGGGAAUCUGGCGGCGACGCUUUCCAGGCUCGGCAGGCAGGCGGAGGCGGAGCCGCUGAAGCGCCGGCGGCUCAGCUACUGCGAGCGCACGCUUGGGUCGGAACACCCCGACACCCUGCGGGCAUUCGGCAACCUGGCGGUAACGCUUCACGAGCUCGAUCGGCCCGCGGAGGCGGAGCCCCUGAUGCGGCGGGCGCUCGGAGGCUCCGAGCGCACGCUCGGCGCGGAGCACCCCGACACCCUGCGGGCCCUGGCCAACCUGGCGGAGACGCUCUGCGAGCUGGGCCGGCACGCGGAGGCGGAGCCGCUGCAGCGCCGCGUGCUCCAGGCCUGCGAGCGCACGCUCGGCGCCGAGCACCCCGACACCCUGCGCGGAAUCGGCGACCUGGCUGCGACGCUUCGCGAGCUGGGCCGGCUGGUGGAGGCGGAGCCGCUGAUGCGCCUGGAGCUCGAGGCCUCCGAGCGCAUGCUCGGCGCGGAGCACCCCGACACUCUGAGGGCUGUCGCCAGCCUGGCGGAGGCCCUCUGCGAGUUGGGCCGGCCCGCGGAGGCGGAGCCGCUGCAGCUCCGCGUGCUCGAGGCCUCCGAGCUCGCUGCCGGCAUGGAGCACUCCGCUAGCUUUCGGAUGCUCAGCGACGGCAGUGACGCUCCAGAUGCGGGCAAGACGUACAUCCAUGCUCGGCCAGUGGUGCCCAUGCACAGUGACGCCAGUGACGUUCCGACAGUGACGCCAGUGACUUUGCGGAUGUUCAGUGAUGCCAGCGAGGCUCGGUUAGUGCCGCCAGCGACUUCCAGCAUGCAGAGUGACGCCAAUGACACUGCGACAGUCACGCCAAUGACCUUGCGGAUGCAUAGCGACGCCAGCGAGGCUCGGAUGCGGAUGAUCAGUGAGGCCAGCGAGGCCCGGCGAGUGACGCCGCUGACCCUGCGGCGGAGGCGCAGUGAUACCAGUGACGUUCCAGGAAUGGCGCCGAUGUUCGCUCGGAUGCACAGUGGCGCCAGUGACGCUCUCAGGGAGAUGCGAGCAACGUUCCCGAUGCAUAGUGACGCCAGUGAGGCUCCGAGGGUGACGCCACCGACCUUCCGGAGGCAUUCUGAUGCCAGCGAGGCUCGGCCAGUGUUGCCAGCGAUUUUCCGGAUGCGCAGUGACGCCAGCGACGCUCCAACAGCCACGCCAGUAACUUUACGGAUGCAAAGUGACGCCAGCGAGGCUCUGCCAGUGCCGGCAGCGACCCUGAGAAUGAUAAGUGACGCCAGCGAG